AUUUUUCAGGUUCUUGUGCGCAGUGUGGAGGCACGAGAUUGGCUCAGUUGCGCUGAGCCAACAUCAGCACGAGCAGCUGUGAAACACCUAAUUGACAAUCUAGCUGCUAUUAAUUUAGCUGCAAAACCAUUCGUAGGGUUUCGAGCUAUGGAUGAAGGCACACGUAAGGAACGAAUUUUGGAAGGUAGCUGCUCAUCGCGCUCUCAUUCCAGACGAACUUUUGAUUCGUGCUCAAUCAGCUCAACCUUGGAUAAAUUAUGGUCCGAGAGAGUGGAUUUCUGUUCGAACAUCGAAGUAAGACCCAUCUUACAUAUCAACAAUACUAUCCCCUGU